CUUUGGCAGGAGCCUGUGGCAGAAGAGAUGUCGAUGGACCUGGGCCCCUGGUUGUUGGUCUUCAUGCUGGGUCUGAGUCUGACCCUACCCACCCUGGCUCAGGAUAACGCCAGGUACCACUAAGGUACUAAUGGCUCUGCAGAAGAUCCAUUCAUUGCUUCUGCUCUUGGUGCUGACCCUGCUGGGACUGGGGCUGAUAGAGCCCUCCCAUGGCCAGGAUCACAUGUACCAAAGAUUCCUGCGACAACAUGUGCACCCUGAGGGGACAGGUGGGAAUGAUGGCUACUGCAACUUGAUGAUGCAAAGACGGAAGAUGACUUUGUAUCAGUGUAAGCGCUUCAACACCUUCAUCCAUCAAGACAUCUGGAGCAUUCGUAGUAUCUGCAGGACCACCAAUAUCCAGUGCAAGAAUGGCAAGAUGAACUGCCAUGAGGGUGUAGUGAAAGUCACAGACUGCAGGGAGACAGGAAGUUCCAAGGCUCCCAACUGCAGAUAUCGAGCUACGGCAAGCACUAGGCGUGUUGUCAUUGCCUGUGAGGGUGACCCAGCAGUGCCUGUGCACUUUGACAGAUAGAUGCCUCCCUGCAGGGAUUAUGGCCUGUGGUUGGCCUUUAACUUACUCCUUGAAUAGCAAUGAGUUAAUGCAUUUGAGCUGUCCUAGGCUUUGUCUCCUCUCCUUAUUUCUUAUUACUUUUCUCUAUAUAUCCCAUUCUAUUGAAUACAUUGCAUCAAAGAGAAAUGGAGACAUAAACCUAUAAUGAGCCUGUGCUUUUCUGUAAUAAGCUUCCUUUUCUAAUACUGAUUAGCUUAGCUCUCUCAGAUCCUAUCUGUUGGAAUUUAGUCAUUAUGUAUAUUUAUAUAGCAUUUCAAGCAUUUCAAAGUUCUUUCAUCUAUGUUAUCUCAUUUUAAUACCAUGAGCACCCCCAAUAAUGCUGUUAUAUGUAGAAGUUAAGGGAUUUGCUGAAGACCCUAAAGUUCGUGGAAGAGUUGAGGCAAAAAUUCUGUUUAACUGGCUACUCAUUCAGGGCUUUUUCUACUUCAUCACAAGGAGUGUUUUGAUAGUGUCUGCUUUUUGUUAUCCCCAAAAAUCAGCUGUUGGAGAAACAUUAAACAUUUGGAAAUGUAUGCCAGCAAAAUAAACUCUAUUAUUUCAUAUUGUUGUUAUGUUUAGGUCUGAUAAGGUCAAAAAUUAUAUUAGGAAUUUUCUCUUUCUUUUACCAAACCUUUGAGUCACCCUAGAAAGUCAGGGUGUGAAAAAUGUACUAGAUCAUUAAAACUCAUUUAUGCUUCUUUACCAAAUGCUUUUUCAUGUUUUUCAUAUAAUAAAGGACUUAAAAUAUACCAGAGAA